AUGGUGGAGCUUGCGGGAGUGGAUGCGGUGUGCAUCAUCUUUCUCCAAGGGAUCACUGCGGUAGCGUUGUGUGCGGUUGUGGUUCAAUCUCUUUGCAAGGGUCAACUUCCCAACAUGGUCGUUCAGAUGCAGUAUGGCUUCUGCAGCCUCCGAGACCACUGGACUCAGGUGGCCAAGCCCAAGCCCCGCAACGCAUGUGUGCAGGCGAAGUUUGUGGUCACUUUGUGCAGUCUUCUGACCAACAUCGCCAGGAUUUCAGCAGGCGCUCUAUUUCUGCGACUACUGGCUAUUCAGGGCCCGCUGAUGAGAAAUCAGCCUCAUCAGCUGCAGCCUUCACUGGACAUCUCAAACCUUAUUUCAUAUCCAAUCAUGUUCUUUCUGGCCGUGUUCCACGACAAGGUCAUCUCCGGCAGAACAUUGGAUGUUUGGUAUGCCCUGUUGCAAGCGCUUUGUGUGAUUCCUUUGCUCUCCACCGCGCCACAGGAUGUUACCAGCGUCUCCCUCAUCACUUUGCUUCCUCGCGUCACGUUGGGUCUGUGCCCGAAGCGUGGGUGGCUUCCAUUUGUUGGGAACGUGGUUCACUGGAUCUUAGCUGUGAAACAGGUGGAGUUCCGAUUGCAAAGCGAUGUCUUUCUCGCACAGUCAGCCGAACUUGUUCUGCUAUUCUCCGGCGUUUUUCCCCUCAGGCACGCACUGUAUGAAAAUGUCAGGAUGAGUUUUGAGUUGAACACACGCACCAUUGAUCUCUCAGCGGUGUCGGGACUGCUUCUUGGAUACUGUGAUGCAGUGGUCGAGGUUGAUAGCUGCCUGAAACUCACAGACGCCUCUCGGCAGUUGUCCACAUUGCUUCUGCACGGGCAUGGCAUCUCUGCUGGAAGUUUGGCCGGCUACGACUUCCUCAGCUUUUUCCACGUGGACGACCGGGAACACAUCGGGGCGUCAUUGGGUGCGAAACACGAGAGCACCCAAGCUUUGGCUCUCAACGCUCGGAUGCAGGAUUCCUUGGGCAACUUCGUGAAAAUUGAGAUCCUAUUUACGUCCUUCCAGAAUGCAGAUGGCGAAGAGUGUCGCUUGGUCGGAAUGCGUGAAUUCCAGGAUUUCAGCUCUGUUGCUGUGCCGCUUCCUGCAGGUCCUGCACUCUCACCAGCAGAGGCAAGUCCAUCGCAGGAUCUUUGUUCCGUUGCCUUUGAUGCCACGUCCUUCGACAUCCUCUCCGUGUCCGCAGCCUUCAAGAAGCUUUGCUUCGAGAAUGGGUUCGAGGACAUUGCAGAUGGCAUGAGCAUCUUCGACUUGUCUCCAGGCAAGCAUCCCAAUUCUCUGGCCGGCUACAUCCAGACCGCUGUGAACGCCCUUGAACCCGAGAAGUUGGAAGGUGACCUUCUGAUGAUUCGCGACCUGGAGCUUUUCGGCAACACCAAGGUCGAGGCGGCGCUUGAAUUUCAGACGGACAAGAUGCUGGAUGCCAUUGUAGGCACCUUGCACAUCAAUCCUGCCCCACCGACGCUGAUGUUAACAGCGAACAACCUGGCGAAGUUCUCUGGAAAUGGACUUGUUCGCAGCUCAAAGGGCAGUGGAUGCCCCAAGAGCUCGCGCAGUUCCCGUCGCCAGCGAGGUGGUGCAAGUGGCAAGCAUGUUCGCCAGGGUAGUAUUCUCGAUCUUCGGAAGCAGGUUAUGGCUCUGUAA